ACCUUAAAGACCUGGCUCGAUGCUCACUUGUCACAAAAGCUAAGUAAAGGAACAGGUCUGUAAUUUUUACAUGCUACAAUGCACAAACCAACAUUCAAAAUUUUGCGCCCAGUGGCUAUGGGCGCGCCCAUUCACAGAGUGGGCGCAGCAAAUAGCUAUAGCUGCAUUUGGAGCUCGGGCCCCCCUCCUGGUUUGACAGGCAAUCAGCAGAAUUCAUUAAGACAAACGGUCAGUUUGCUCGGGAUCCUCCAUCGUAGCAUCAUCUUCUCUUCCCAUUGUCCUGGGUUUUUAGUGAUUAGCACUAUGUCAUCCACCGAGUGUAGAGACCUGGGGCGGGUGAUGUGCAUAAUCACCGGGGCUUCCAGAGGUUUUGGCCGGGCUUUAGUGAGGGAGAUGCCUCGGCUGCUGAAACCCCGGUCAGUCCUCGUCCUGGUGGCUCGCUCCGGUGACGAGCUGCGGACUCUGCAAGCAGAGCUGUCCGAGUCGGAGACAAGCAAAGCGAGUCUGCUGGCUGAGCUUGUGGUGGCCGAUCUGGCUCAGAUGGAAGGACUGGAAAGCGUCGUCAGAAAGUCUAAAGAGGCUUUUUCCGAGGAUAUAGAUCACAUUAUACUGAUCAACAACGCAGGUACGACGUGAGCAAACAACUGAGAU